CACGCCAAUCGUUAACAUCGUCUUUGCCAGUGCGACCGAAAGAAUUUAGAAAAAUGUUCGUAACACGUGGUUACCUGUUGAUUACCAUACUGGCAUUCGCAUCAAGCGCCCCUAGAAGAGGACGCAGAUCGACGGUACCGAGCUGGCACUUACCGUGCGGCGUGUCGUUGGACACGGAACUGCCUUCGAUCUCGAACCUCGACGAAGAGAUUGGAGCAAGUAUAGAGAGCCUCCGGCUUCAGCAUCGGUUAGCGAUGGACGAUUACUUGAACCGGGACUACGAGUACCUUUACGAAAGGGUACGGAUCGGCGUCCACGAGCACCAAUACAUCCCCAACUGGGUACCCGGCGAGAAGGACAUCAGCAUCGUCAGGAGACUCAACAAAGCCAAACCGCAAAUGAUCGCUAACAAUUUUCCGAAAUUGCACAUGGACCUCCAGAAAUUCGCAGUUGCCUUCGAAGAACUGAUAGAAGACGAAACGAACCCAAAGGUCUACGAAGCUCUCGAAGCUACACAAUCCUAUCUGAUGAUGAUGCUUUGCGAAGUGGAAAGCAACAUCGUUGCCCUUCCAUUUCUUCGUGUUCCAUCUCGAGUGGAAAGAAGCAUCAUGAGCAGGACCGAAAGACACCCCGUUGACGAUACUAGAAGAUUGGUUCGUGACUGGGGCGUGCUUCUCAAGUACAGAAAUUAUCUCCACGCUUGGAGGCAUGUUUUUAAUUUCUAAAUAAUCCUGUGCAACGAAACGACACUCGGAAGGUGAUAACGCGUGACAGCAUCGACGAAAAUGACGCUGAUUGACUUGAACCCUGCAGUGGUCACGCGGAUGACAUCAGUCGCUGGUAUUUCUUACAUGGCGACGAAUAGUUUUCGACUAAUUUAGUGUUCCUUACGUGACAGUGUGCCUGAGGCGCGCAAUUUUUUCAUUUUCAAAAGUGAUGAUUAUUAUCCACAUGACCACUGCAAAGUUAACCCUUGUUUGGAGCACGGAGGCCACAGGGACCCCUGAUUACUUUCAACUAAGAAUCCUCAAUCAUUUUAUCAAAUUUCUAAAUUCUCUAAUGUAGAUUAGUUUCCACUUAAGAGGGCUAAAUUCAAGGGUUAAAUGAAUAAUUGACUUAGCACCUACUAAUCACCGAGUGAAAAACGAUAAGGUGUUAUAAUAUAUGCGAUCAAAGGAAUAACGUCGUCGGUGAUAAUCUUCUGAGAUAAUCAGAUCAUUGCGAAACGCACUCAGAUAAUAUCUCAUAACUUAAUUUAUUUAUUCAUUUAUUUAUGAUCAUCGAAUAGUAGAGUUAGUAUUUAUUAUUUAUUUAUGAUGUUUUAGAGAUAAGAUUAUUUAUUUUAAACGAUAAUUAUUUAUUGAAAUCGACGGUACCUUCUCAGCUGCCUUGUUUCAAAGGCGAUUUAUAACGUAAGAUUCUGCAACGCAGUUUGUGAUAAUCUAUCGCUUAAGGAAAAUGAUCGUAUCGUUACUGACAAGCGAUCACUACUAGCGAAUAGAUAUUUAUGAAAGACAAUAAUUGUAAUGUAAUUACAUUUGUAUUGUUCAGUAUUAUCGGAUAAGUGUUUCUAUUGCAGGUAU